AUGGUUACCCUCGAUAGGCUGCCAACUAAGGACAAGCUUGCUCGUUUUGGUUUGGAUAUUGAUGAUGUAUGUAUGGUAUGUGGUUCUGGCAGGGAAUCACGUGAUCACCUAUUUGUUGACUGCCCUUAUGCUAAGGAUGUUUGGAGUGUUGUUCUACGGCUAUGUGGGAUUCGCUGUGUGGAUUUCAGUUGGGAUCAGCGCCUUAAUUGGUUGAUCGAGAACUUGAAGGGAAAAACCCUUCGCAGUCGAAUCCUUAAGCUUGCUUGGAUCGGGUUCCUUUAUUAUAUUUGGGAAGAACGCAACCACAGGCAGUUUCGAGGUCUUUCAAGCACUAGUGAGGUUGAGGCAGGUUGUUUGUAG